UUUUCCUUUUUCCUUUUUCCUUUUUCCUUGCGAAAAUGCCAAACCGCCCUUCAACUCUAGUAUUAGGCUUCACUAUACCCACCAUCCCGCUUACCGCGGCGAGGGCCCUCCCUUCUCGAAGGAAUGGCAGUCUACAUUUACAGCGAUACAGUUUCUUUCCGGGAAUUCGGCCGGAUGAGACCACAAGAACUCCCCGAGUCUCUAUAGUGUUACCACAUCUAUUUGCGUCUCGCCGGUAUGGCCAUUAAGGGGUCUCAUGUAAAGUCGAUGCGAUUAGUUUCUCGGUUUGUAACUCAAGUCUAAAUGCC